AUGAUCCAGGGAAUUUUCUACGCCCGCUUCUUUCCCAAGGAAGGGACCAAGAUUGUCGCGCAGAGCCCGCCCGGGUGCAUCGUGCCAGUGCCCGGGGUGAGCAAGCCUUGCCUGUUCGACUUUGGUGUGCUACAGGAGUACAUCAUCCCGCGCAAGGCCUUCUGCAACCGGUACAUGACGGUGGGCGACCCCGAAGGCAGGUCGUCGGUGCUGGGCUUCCCCGUGUCCAUCCCGAGCCCACGCUACGACCGCAACGAGUUCAUCUUCAACUUCGGCCUCGUCGUCGACAGCGACGUCGACCAGAUCCCCUACGAGCGCGUCGUACGCCGCCUCGCCGUCACCUUUGCCGAGAUGGAGCGCCAGAGCGGCUACCUCAGCCAGGACGACCUGAACCAGGCCAUGUCCGUGCCCGGCGGCGGCAGCGCCGGCAACUACAACAACAUGUACACGACGGCAAUCUACGAGCCCCUCGACACGUACCGGCGCAGGCCCAUCGCGUCGCUGCUCGAAAUCAUCAAGGAGGACCUCAACAACUACGGCGAGUGCAUGAUCCCCGUGGACGACGCCAACACGGUCAACAUGAAGCUGUUCCCGCACCACCAGCCGCCGCCCGAGGUCAAGGGGUGGCACGUGCCCGUGGCUAAGAUGAAGUUCGCCGACGUGGUCGACCCGACGUGGGAUGUGACGCUGCAGCGGGUCGUCGCGCACAUCGACGGCGUGUCCGACGUGCGCCGCAUCGCCUUCGCCGCCGACGUCUCGCUCGAGCUGACCCAGCUGGCCCUGCGCCACCUGCUCUACUAUGAUACCAUCCUGCUACUCGACAUGUUCUUCUUCGGCGCCUGCUACGCCCCGCGCCCGGGAAUCCACGACUUUGUCGCCAACCUCGAUAGUAUCGUCGACGAGUGCGCAAACUAUGUAUGUGUCGGCGCUGCUGCUGCUGCCGCUGCCGCUGCCGCCGCCGCCACUUCUGCUGAUUCCGGAGCUGGGAGGAGUCGUGGCGGUGGUGGUGGCGGUGGAGGACUAGCGGGUGACGACGGAGGGUUCCUACACCCGGACUCUAGCUUCGGCACACUAGGGCCAGCGGGAGGGGCAGCAGACGGCGACGUUGGCGACGGCGGCGUCGAAUCGUCGUCAACAGCCGCCGGUGAUACUGAGGACAGCGGCGGCGCCGGCGGGUACCGCAUAUCGAACUACCAGCUGAUCAAGCUGAUGACGACGUUCUGCGUGGGCAAGACCGUAGCGGAGUGGCUCAAGGGCCACAUGGACUCGGGGUUCGACGUGCUGCGCUUUGUCGACGUGCGGCGGCUGGUGCAGUUCGGCGUCAUCAAGGGCUGCCUGUACCGCGUGCACAAGCACGUCGUGUCCAAGCAGUACCUAGCGGCGCUAGCCACGGGCCACGCCCGGCCUGUUGUAGGCGGUGACCCCUUGCAGCAGUACACCGACGGCUGCCACACCUUCGACCAGAUCGUCACCGAGCUCAACUUGACCGACGCGGAAAUUACUGAUAAGCUCAAGACUCUGCCCAAUGCCAAGGCCGGCGACUUGACUGUCCUCUACAGGUAG